AUGCGUGUUCAUCAUCAUUUGAUCGAGAGCUUAGUGGAAGCGGAGAGAAACCAGAGCGUGAUUGUGGUGGCAAGAGAUGGAUUGGGGAAUUUUAGCUCCAUUGCCGAGGCAAUCGACUCCAUUCCGGAACAAAACCAGCAAAGAGUGAUCAAUGAAGCAAUUGCUCACAUCCAUGGUGAGACCGGGAAGCAAGCCGUGGCAUUGCGAAUCAGCGCGGACAUGGCGGCCUUCUACGAUUGCAACUUCCAUGGCGGCCAAGACACUCUCUACGAUCACAAGGGCCGGCAUUACUUCAAGCGAUGUUUCGUGCAAGGAAGCGUGGAUUUCAUCUUUGGCUAUGGAAGAUCCCUCUACAAAGAUUGCCAUCUCUACUCGAUCGCCAACAAAACAGGCGCGAUCACUGCACAAAAGAGGACCAUUCGCAACAUGAACUCGGGAUUUUCAUUCGUGAAUUGCAGCAUCACUGGAUCCGGAAGAAUUUACCUGGGACGUGCAUGGGGAGAUCGAUCCAGGGUGGUCUACUCGUACACCUACAUGGACGCGCUCAUAGCUCCUCAAGGGUGGCAAAACUGGAAUCACCCAGAACGAAACAGGACUGUGUUCUUCGCGCAGUACGAGUGUAGCGGGCCUGGAGCAAAGACGAGCCAGCGAGUGGCAUGGGCAAGAACCCUCACUUUCGAGGAGGCACAACCAUUCCUAGACACAGAUUUCAUCCAUGGAGAAACAUGGCUUCUCUCCACAUAAAGGAGACUAUUUGUUUCUGAUGAUACAACUUAGAAUGUGACCUUUUGGGGAUC